AUGGAGAUUCUUGUCAUUUUUAUUCUUCUCUUUUCCACGAUCAAAUCUGGAAUAGCGUAUCGAAACGAUGGCGUUUUCAAAGAGGUUAAGGUUGGAUUGGUUGUGAACUUGGGUUCUAUAGAAGGAAAGAUUUUCAAAACUUCAUUUUCUUUAGCGUUAUCGGAUUUCUAUCGUAUCAACAACGGAUAUGAAACCAGAGUCGCUCUUUCCUCUAGAGACUCCCAAGGAGAUCUUCUUAUUGCUCUUGAUGCUG